CAGGAGCUGAGGGUGUCGCCAUUUUCAUUUUGACGAAUAUUGACAGCACGGCAGACAGGCAGCGGCGCGCCCGACGACGCGGCGUCUACACUAUUUUUAUUUUGAUAGUGAUUCAUUUAACGACCUGAUUACGUUAUUUAAACCGUUCCGUGUACGUAAUUAAAAAACAUCGUUUACUAUCUGAGUGACGUGCAUUGUAAACACUGUUGAACUUUUUGGUGCUAACCUCUACUACGUUUUUUUUCGUCGUAAGUGGUGUUUUUGAGAACUGCAAGACUGAUCGAUAUGUGCAAGACGUUCUACAGAUGACUUUGUAUUCUAAUAUACCUAGGUGGUGUAUUCUGAUGCGGUGCGUGAGGGCGUGCUAGCGGGAUGCAGGGCGGUGGAGCGCCCGCCCCAGACGCCGACCAGGCACAGUUCGAAGCGGACAAACGCGCCGUCUACAAGCAUCCUCUGUUUCCCCUACUCGCGCUGCUGUUGGAGCGAUGUGAGCAGGCGACGGCGGGGGUCGAGCCCCCGGCCGCCGACGCCUUCGGGGCGGACCUGCAGGCCUUCGUGCAGCAUCAGCGCAGGGACAGGAGGCCCUUCCUCGUCGACGACCCGGAGAUUGACGGCCUUAUGAUUAAGAGCAUACAGGUUCUGCGCAUCCACCUGCUGGAGCUGGAGAAGGUACAAGAGCUGUGUCGCGACUUCUGCGGACGGUACAUCGCGUGUCUCAAGACGAAGAUGCAGAGCGAGAACCUGCUCAGGACCGACUACGGCUCAGGUGGCAUGGAGAGCAACAACAACUUGUCGGGGUCCCUGGAGGAGCACUCCAGCACGUCCAACUCUCCCCAGUACCAGUCCCCGGGCGCGGCGCCGUACGUGCCCCCCGCGCCGCUCGCGCCCCCCGCGGCCCUCGCCGACCUGCCCUACGCACCCCGUGACCCGCUGCACCUCCUCAUUCCAGCCCAGUCCCUGAUCGUGCAGGGGACGACGCCGCUCGGGCAGAUCGGGGCCGCGCUGCUGCCCGCGGACUCCUACACAGGAGGCAACUCUAACAACUCGUGCUCGUCGGUGUCGGGGUCGCCGCCCCCCGACGACGACGCGGAGGAGGGCUCCAAGCGCGGAGUGCUGCCCCGCCACGCCACGCAGGCUAUGCGGGCCUGGCUCUUCCAGCACCUCGUGCACCCCUACCCCACGGAGGAGGAGAAGCGGUCCCUCGCGGCGCAGACCCGCCUCACGCUCCUGCAGGUCAACAACUGGUUCAUCAACGCCAGACGCCGCAUCCUGCAGCCCAUGCUGGACUGCUCCGACAAGCCUGAAGGUGGAAAGAAGAGCAGGAGUGGCUCCGGCGCGAGCAGGCGGCACUGGAGCGACGCGCUGUCCAGCCCGCAGCUCGCGGCCGGGCUCCUGUCCUCCUCCGAGGAUGAGGACCAGGACGCGGACCAGUCCGGGGACGAGCGGCCGGAGGACGGCGACGCGUACUCCGUGCACAGCAUGCACUGAGGGGGCGCGAGGACCGGGGGGACCGGGGGACCGGCGCCGUCGGUACCGACUGCAGAUUGUAACCUCAGUAUUAAAUUAUAACCUGCAGUUUUGUACUCGUGUGGAAAUAUCGUUGAAGUCUGCCUGAUGCGGCGCUGCCCCCGGGCGACUGGCGCUUCCAGCCGUGGGAAGAAAACAUUUCUAAUUUGUGAUAACUCGUUGCUGUUUAUAAUUAUAUUUGUAAUUUUACAAGACAAGUCGGCCAGGAGCUCGUGCGCUAUGCAGCUUAGAGUUCAGCGAUAGUUCCACCCGCGGCCGUGCGUGCGUGCGUACGUGCGUGCGUGACUGCGUGAGUGCGUGCGUGCGUGUAAGGUACGUGCGUGCGUGCGAAAUGCGUGCGUGCAUGCGGGCGUGCGUGCGUGCGUGCGGGCUCGCCGGACAAUUGUCACAAUGUUCUUAUUAAUUAUAAUAAAAUAAAAGACAUUAAAUAACUGAUCAGUAUACCGUAGUUAGUUCUAGUGUUAGUGAGUGCGGAGUCGCGCCGACACUGCCAGUGACAGUGGCAGUGCCGGCCGCGGCUCCGUGCGGCCACCGCGUAUACGUAAACGAUACCUCGAUGUAUGAUGUAAUAUUUUAAAACUAAAAGUAAAUUAUUUAAAGGGAGACUCGCUUCUUUCUGUAACAAAAUGAAAUGUAUAAAUGUAUGUAAAGUUUUCUGUAUACGACUCUCUCCCGGCGCCGCCCGCUGCGGCCAUUGGGCCACACCGUGCGGCGCCGGACCAUCUUCGUUUUGUCAAUUUGCGCUCUGGUUGUGAUUACAAUAGUCAGUUGUGUUCCCGCGGCCGCGGGCUCGCGCCGCGCGUGUGUCCAUGAUGUCCGCGGGCCAUAGGCGCCGCGUGCGACCGGCCCAGAGCGCGACUGUCCGACGAACCGAAGUAGCAAUGUAGGACGCGCCGGCGGAACUACCGAAGCUCUAUACUGCGCGCUCGCAUAAAAAUAAUAAAAUACAAGAAUGAGUGGGCGCUCUGUCGGUGCCGGCCGUCGCGCGUCCACUGCAUCCUUACAGAUAGUCAUUCAGACAUACUUCAUUUUAUUGACCUCAUCGUUGUCAUGACAGUCGCGUUUGAACCGGCCGCGAGGCCUGCGUCAUCCGCUAGUCGCUUAUCCGAUGUAUCCUGUCGGUCCAGUGACAUCCGCCGUGCUCCGCGCCGUGAGGUCCGUCCGCCGACCUGAUACCGUUUCACAUAAAAUAAAAACACAACGCUUGUGCAGAACUGGUUCGGCACACGUCUACCGGACCGGCGGCCCAACGCAACGAAAUAGGUUUACGAAAGUACUAAAGCAACAUUAACAUUCUGAUGCGGGCGCGGCGCUCCCGAUGCAACAGGUUGUCAUGGUGUGCCAGGAGGCCACCAGGGGGACUGUCAGACUGCCAACACUCCCACAGCGCGGCCACCCCGGGUGUCAGCUCUUGAAACCGGGACAGUUUGUCGCGAGUGUGGUCCGCGUGCGUCUGUUAAUGUUGCCUCCGCUCCAACAGGAAUGUCUAUGGUGGAAUCAAACACGAAACGGUUCCCCAUAGAUGUCGCAAAUAUUUUUUUUAACUACCACAGAUAAAACAAUACCGUCCAUAGACAAGAUUCAAGUAUUUAUUUAACGUGUACAGUGUAGGUUUUUAAUAUACUCAAAUUGUGUAUAUUUUUUUCUAGCAGCCAUAUUAGUUAUUAGUUUUGUUAUACGAAUGAUUUAAUUGAAUGUUAAUAAUGAAGGGGGUUCAUAGAGUUGCCCAGCUCACGCGAAUAGGACGGUGACUAUUUAUUGACACUGUCAAUAUUAGGGUUGUCUUGCUUGACUGUCAUAAGCUAUAAUGUCUGUUCAUCAUUAACAUUAAUUAAACAAACUUGUUUUGUAAUAAUAUUUCAUGUGGUGCAGCCGAGCUCACGGCGUGUCUGUGCGUCCCCACUCAACCAUACAACUUUAUUGAAUCAUUGUCAGCUUUGAUUGUUCAUUGGCUAAUGUUGUUAAACAGAGUACUACAAGGCGAUAUUAUGAAUAACACCUAAUUACAAAAUAUGUACUCGUUCUGUUGAGUGUCCGAAGUUACCUACCAGAGUUUAGAGGGACCCCCCGCCCUCCGGCAGGGGACACGCCGCGGGACCCGCCCCCCGCCUCCGCACACACAGACAACUCUGUUCAAAUGUUUGUAUACGGAAAUUAAUAGUAUUAUCAGAAUGUAUACGUUUCGUUAAUCUACAAUUGACAUUUUUAUUGUAGCGGUGUGACUUGAAUUGAAAAUCAUCGAGUAUAAAUGAAAAUUAAUCAUUAAAAUCGAGUCUAAAUUUGGUAGAAAAUUGCUUAUUCAAUAUAAGUGACUGCGUCGUGUGUUCUGAGGCGUCCGGCACGCAACAAGUGCACAGACCUGAUGUAAUUCCAACUGUCAACGUGAUAGUUUUGACAGAUGCCACUGUCACAAUUUUUUUUUCAAUUUUUGCGGCAGAGCGGUUGCUUAUUGAACUAUUGCAACGGCAAUAGACGAGUGAGUAGUUGUGAUUUUCGAUUCAAGUGACAUCGUCGGCGAUGGUAAGAUUGAAAUUGAAACAAAGUGAUCUUAUCUGCCGCGUCGAUCAUAAAAUAAUGGAAUAUUUUAUAUAUAUACGUAUUUUCUUUUGAAAAUAAAAGUAGUACAAUAUUUUUUAUCGUGUUAACUUCGGAGGACAAAGGUUUGAGCUGAAAUACAUAUUGAGUGAAGCGGGCUGUUGUCCAGCGACCACACCACAGGUGGAGUCAUCCGCCGCCGGGGGCCGUGGGCGCUAACCGGCCCCGACUCGCGGACCUUCGAGCCACGCGCCUCGUGUUACUCUAAUUGUGACAAUGAACACUUACGUCCGUUCGGACAGAACUCUGAUGCCCCGGACUUUGCUGUUGUCCAUUGUCACAAACUACUUCAAGUUCGAAACUAAUCAUUUUAUGUCGCUCACUCAAACUAACGAUCUCAGUGUUGAAAUUACUGUCAAUUCGAAAGAAAGCUCUGGGUGCUUUACAAGUAAGCUACUUGUUGUAACGCGGCGACGUAAACUUUAUUUCAAGCAGACGGCCUCAUGAGCCUCACGCGUGCGGCAUGAAACUACCCGCCGACGACGGAUAUAUAAUGAAUACGUACUGUAUUUAUAAGAUAUGUGAUAUUAGCAGUUUAGUGGUACCUAAAGAAACACACAGCGCAAGUAAAACUUUGAUUGAGACUUGUAACGCGAGCGAGAGGCCACCGACACUGACACUGACAUGUCCACAAAACGAUUUUGAAAUUAAUUUCAAAACUGAGAUUUUUCAUUUAAAAAAAAAGAAGUCCUCAAACUAUUGUAUGAAUUGAUCUGUGAAUUAAAUAUACGAUUUAAAAUAAAACGAUAUACGUAAAAUGAAAUGUGGUGAGAAAAUAAACACUUUUUUUAUAUAUAUUAUAAAUAAGUAUUAAAAACAUAUAUAAAUAUACUUUGUAAUUUAAAAUUUAGUAGUAUUUUAAAUAACUUAUUCAAAACUGAAUCGUUCGGAGCUGCGACCACAUCCCGAGAGCUUCGAGAAGGUUCUGUAAAGUUAUGAGAGGUAACGUCAGGAAACAUUAAAAAAAGGAACAAUUAACUAGUACUCCGCCGAGUGGCACUGUCAUUGUUAGCCUCCAUCUAUAUCAGUGGCUCCCAAACUUAUUUUGUCUACUGCCCACUUUGAGCAUAAAUAAUUUUAUAGCGCCCCAAUUUUUUCUACUUACUUAAAAACCUAUAGCUCUGUCGGUGUCUAAGAGUCCUCAUAGAUGAAAUUACAAAUCGCCUCCCAAGCCUUUACACAACGCCCCCAUUUUAUUCUGGGUCUAUUACCGCACCCCGCUAGGCCUGCAGCGCCCACAAGGGGGCGUUAUCGCCCACUUUGGGAAAGGCUGAUCAAUAUUUAUUUUGUGAAAAAAUACUUCAUUUUUAGUGAAACUUCGUAUUGACCACAUACAAAGUUGUCAUUGCGAUGUAAUUAAACACGAUCGUGCAGCUGCGUUGUAGUUCGCUGAUACCCCGGGGCGACUCCCACUACACUAGUCAACACACAAAACGACGCCGACCCGAACGAUUCAGAGAACAAUGGAUUGCCAACCUUCGCGUAGUUGUACACUUAUGUUGUGCUUCGGUUUCACUUCUCAUUUACGAGCUGUUGUUGGAAGACGGAUUUUUUACGAUUACUUAUUACUACUUAACCCUUUAGCGCUGAGCUUAUUUACACAUAUAUUGCAGAAAUUGCAAAAGGAUUUUUGAAAAAAAGUAGUAUACAAAACUUUUUAUUUAAAAAAAAAACAAAAAUCAAUGCUAAAUUCACAGCAAAACAAUUUUGGUUAUUUAUAAAUGUUAUUAACAUAAUAAGACCAUUAUACGUGCGUGCGUUAAGACACGUCCGUACACGUCGAUACGUAAUACCUGUAAAAAAACUGCGCAAUAGUCGGUAUUCCGACGCUAAGCACUUUAUACACAUUGCUCGUCGAUGUAUCGAUGGCUCGCGCUCUAAGGGUUAAUUCGAUGGUUGUCGUGCUCGGGGAUGACCGUGUCUGUCAGUUUUGUGCUAUAGUGGGGUCAGCUCAUCCCUUGUUGUUUGUUAUUAAUUGUUCGGCUUCCGACACGCAACCCCUUGCUCAAAUCUAACAAUUGUUACAGUUUGUUUCCUACCGAGAUAAAGACACAAUGUAAAGCCAUGUAAGAUAAUUUUUUUUUUUUUAAAAAAUCCGUCAUUUCUAAGAAUAAUAAGUAUAGUCAAUAAAAAAAAAUGUCCAUUUCAUAGUAUACUAUAAUAUUAAAACCGUGCUUGUUUAGUUCGUAAGGAAUUUCAAGAUUAUACAUAAAAGAAACGGCAUAAUUUUUGCUAGUCAAAAUAAAAAUAAUUUUUAGGCUC